AUGGAAGACAGAGUUUUAAGAACUAAUUAAAUAAUUAAUAGAAAGCAAGAUUACCAGUCUUCAAAAUUAGGAUCUCCGAAAGACAAUUAUAUUUUAAGAAAGGAAAAUUGGAAUUAAGUAGAUGAGAAAAAUAAAAACUAAUUCAAAAAUUAUGAAUUGUAAGCAUAAAAUGUUGAUCAAAAAAAUCAUUAUCAAUCAUAUAAAUUUAUUGGAAAUCGUUAAUAGGAUAAAGAAUAAAAUUAUAAUACAAAUCAAAAAUAAUCAUAUUAUUAUGAGUAAUCCAAACCUUACACACCAAGUUAUUAUUAGAGAGAAUAUAAAUAUGAUUAAUAAUCACAUAUGAAAACUUAAGACAAACAAAAUUUUUAAGAAAGGAUAAUACACUCAUCUGAUAAAUAUUUAUAAAAACAAAAUGGAUUACCUUUUGGUAAUAGAACACCAAUGGAUUCAAGAUCAAAUAUUAUUGCAAAAACACCAUUAGUUAAAGAAAAUCAAAAUAAAUUCAAUAGAGAAUAUUAGUAAUCAGAUGUAAAGAAUGAUUUUAAAUGGCCAGAACAAUAAAGAAUUUCUCCUGAAUUUUAUAGUAAUAAAAUUAAUUAGAAUGAAAAAACUAAUCUAAAUGAUAUAGGAUAGACAUUAGAAUAAAAAAGCUUUUUAGAUAUUGAGAAAAGAUUAUAAUAAAGGAGAGAGUAAACUGAAAAAAUAUCAGGAAAAUAUGAUGGAAAAUUGAACUAUCAUUCAAAAUCAUAAGAAUAUUCGUAAAGAAAAUAAAAGAUAGAAUUAGAUAGUAGUUUAGAAAGAAUGAAAUAGUUUUAAUAAGAUCUUAGAAGUGAAAUACAAGAUAAAAUAAGAGAACAGACUAAUAAAUGUAAAUUAGAUUCUGGAACACUUGAAUAGAAUUUUAACAAAAAACAAUUAAUUAGAGAUGCUGAAAAUAAAUAACAUAAAAACGAAAUACUUGAAUUAGAUUAAUUCAAAUAUACUUAGUUAGAUGGAAAAUUUAAUGUAAAUUAGAUAGAAAAUAAAGAUAAUAAUUAUUUUAGAUAACAUAUUGAAGUAUUAAGAAAAUCUAAAUUUGAAGAGAAAUGUCCUUACUAAAGAAGAAUUAAUAUUGAUUCUAAAUAAGAACAAAAAGACUUAGCAAAAUAUCAUUUUAAUAAAAAAUAAGAUUUUUAUUUAAAUUAAAGAUUAGAUGAAAAAAAAAAAUAUAUUGAUACAUCACUUUAGCAAAACAAAUCUUAAAAUGAAGGUAAUAUUAGAGUUGAUUUCAAAUCUGAAGGAAGCUUACUUAAAGAUUCAAAAGACAGAUUAUAAUUUAAAGAUAAACUAAUAUAUGAAAUAAAAUAACCUUAUAUGGUAAAGAGAGAUAAUGAUUAAUCUCAAGAGAUUUAAAGAAGGUAGAAGUUAUCUGAUAAAUUAUUGUAAUUUGAUUAAUGGAAUAAAAAAUACUAUUAAGAUAGUUAAAAUGAUUAAACAAACCAAUCAUACAAUACUAAUUUAAAAUAAGAAAAAAAUAAUUAAGAUUUAAAUUCUAUAGGAUAUAAUUUUGAUACAUUUGAAAUAAAAAGACAAGAUUAAAAAUUUUAAUAAUUUGAUAAAAUGGAAUUUAAGAGGCCUUAAUGUUAAGCUGAGUUAAAUUAAAUUAAAUCAGAAUUAGAAAAAAAAUAUGGAUUUUUGAAACCAGAAAUGAACCAUAAAAUAUCAGAAUAUGACAAUAGAAGAGCUUUAGAGAAUAGAUUUAGACAAGAUCCAAUUUAAACUAAAAUAGCUGAGGCUAGAGAAUAUUUAGGUUAGAAAUAUUAUUAAAGAGAUUUAUAUAAAUAAGAAUAGAGAAAUAGUUAUCAUGAAGAAUCAUCAAUUAAUGAUCGUUUAGGAUUAGAAAAAGGAAAUUUUAGAUCUAAUUUGAAUAAUAGAGCUAUUGAAGAUAUAUUACAAGGAAAAGCCUUAAGUAAAUAUAUUGAAAGAGAGAAAAAUUAAAAUAGAAUGGUAGAUAGAUUUGGAAAUUUUAUUAAUAGUAAUGUUAAUUAUUAAAAAUCUCCAGUUGGAAAUAGAGAAUAAAAAUUAGGAUAUGAUAGAUUAAACCAAUAGCAAAAAGGAACUAUAAAUGAUAGAUAUAUAAUAAAUGAAUAUAAAAAAAGAUAAACUUCUGAUUAAAAUUUAUCAAAAUGUAAUUAUUUAACUUAUUUAUAGAUUGCAGUCCUACUAGUUUAAUAAGUAAAUAAUUUGGAAAUUAUGAUAUAAAAUAGAGAAGAAUUUGA